AUGAUGUUUGACUUUAAUUUUAAUAAUAAUAAUAAUAGUCACGAAGACCCGUCUGCAUCAACCUCUACUUCUUCUUCUUCUUCUUUACAACAAGAUCAUCUACAUAAUAAUCAUAAUCAUAUUAAUCAUCUAAAUAAUCAUCACCAUCAUGGGUUAUCAGACUUGUCAGAUGUGUUUGAUACAUUGCAACCUUCGUCUGGAGGGUCAUCUAGUUUGUUGGAUGUACCGUCUACUCCCAACUCGAUGAUAUUGAAUCAUCUUGGAGGCAGUCAUCUACACCACAGUCCUGGUAGUAGCGGCGGUCUCUCUAAUCUCAUCAACAACAACAACAAUAACAACAAACCAUUCAUGUCGAGUAGUACGAGUAGCAGUAGCAGUAUUAUCAACCAUAACCUCGAGACUAUAAAAAGCAAGAUGGUAGCAACCAACAAACUAAUCGAACGAUACAAGAAUGUACAAGCACAACUCAAAGCUGUUCAAAAGGAGAAUACUAUGCUUAAACAAAACAAUAACAACAACAACAACAACUCAACAAACUCAACCAAUAAUAAUAAUAAUAAUAAUAAUAUAGAUUACAACAAACUAAAUCAUAUGUAUAUGUCUGAAAAGAAAGAAUCAGAGUAUCUCAAACACCAACUUGAACAGGCUAUAGCAAGCAUCGAACCACUUCACAAAAAGAUUGCCGAUAUUGAAAAGAACUCUGAAGACACUGCUAAAAAGUAUGCCACCAAAGAACUAGAGAUGGUCGCUCUCAGACUAUUCCUCAAUCAACAAGAUGCCAAAUCACACGAGACCACAGAGAAACUUAAAAACUAUGAUAAUCUACUUAAAAAGGUAAAUGAAGGCAAGGAACUCAAAGUACGUUACUCUGAAAUGAAAAGAUCAAACGAGAAAUUGGCUAGACAAUUGGCUAUCUAUAAAUCAAGAGAAGAAAUUAAGUCUGGUACAGGUACAACUACUUCAACUUUGCAUUCAUCUUCAUUUUUAUCUUCUUCUUCUUCAACUGCUACGACUUGUUCAAAUUGUAAAAAGGGAAUGUCUAAAACUCCAUUAUCAUCAUCUGCGGCUAUGCUUGAUAAUACAAAUCUACGAUUCAGUAGUAAAUCAAUCAUACAUGCACCCAUUUCUAGCGCACCUAUCACAAGUAGCAGUGAGAGUAGUGGGUUUGGAGCAGACGAUGAUUUCUCAACAAACAUGUCUAAUUCAUACCAAGACCAACAAGAUUUGAACAACAUGAAUAGUCAUAUGGAAGAAAAAGAAAAAGAAAAAGAAAAAGAAAAAGAAAAAGAAAAAGAGAAAGAGAAAGAUGAUACAACAACAACAACUACAACACUAAAUAAUAAUAUGAUGGAAAAAGAAGAUGUAGACCAUAGUGAUAUUCAAUUUGAAGGUGGUGCUACUACUACAUCUAAUGGUCAUGAUGAUGAUGAUGAAGAUAAUCAUAAUAGUUCAAUGGAUAUGAUGUUUGAUAUGGAAGAGUAUACAGCACCUACAUCUCUUUCUGCUGCUUCUUCAACGUCGACGUCGUUGAAUAUUUUGGAUAGUCAUAUGUCGACUAUUAGUGAUACUGAGAUGGAGAUGGUCGAAGUCCACCACCAUCACCAUCAAUCAAUCAUUGACAGUCCACAACGAUCAGUACAAAAACAACCAACUCCAAAACCAUCACCAGUUAAACAAUUUGUAAAACCACCUCCACUAUCAUCUCUUCUUGGUCCACAAUUUUCAACUCCACAAUCAACAAACAAAAUCAUCUAUCAAGAAAGAGAUCCCAAACAACCUAAACAAUCUCAACAACAACCAGAACCAGAAAUAGAACAAGAAGAAGUUGAAAUGGUAGAAAUACCAGCUGUGGAGCAAGAUAUUUUAGAUGAUCAUGAAAAGGAAUUACUUGGAUUAUUAUCAACUGAAGAGACAGAAGAGACACCUAUUGAACAACCAGUUAUGGACACAAAAAAACAAUUAAAAGCUAAACAAGCAGAAGAGAGGAAAAAGAAAAGAGAAGCUGCCAAAGAGGAGAAAAAGAGAGAACGAGAGGAAUCUAAAAAACAACAACUAGAAAAGAAGGCAAAGAAACAACCAGCUGGUAUUAAAAAGUCAUCAUCAUCGGCAAAGAAACAAAAACAAGACGAUCAAAGUGGUGGUGGUGAAGAAGAAGAAGAAGAAUCAUCAACCAUUUUAGAUGAAGAUGAUUAUGGUUUGGAACAAGAACUAUUUGGUGGAAAUAAUUUUAUUAAUAAUCAUGACAGCAAUAAUAAUAAUAAUGACAAUCACGAAGAAGAAAUCAAUAAUAAUCAUGAUGAUGAUAAUAAUAAUAAUAAUAAUAAUAAUAAUAAUCCAACCAUUAUAGAAAGCGAAAUUGUAAAUAAUAAUAAUAAUAAUAAUAAUUCUUCAAAUAGUGAUGUAAAUAAUAAUAGUAGUAAUAGUAGGAAUAUUAUUCUACCACCAAUAAUUGUAAAUAAUUCACAAGAUAGUAUUAAAUCUAUACCAACCACGACCAUUCACCCAACGACAACAAAGACAACGAUUAGCGAUGAAAAGAUGGAUGUUAUAACAUUGCCAAACGAAAAUAAUUUAAUGCCAACAGCAAUUGUUCCACCUCAUAUUUUUAGUCGUAUCAAUUCAUUCCUUUCAAUUGCCGAUACUUCAAUUGAUUCACCCAUUUCACCAGGAGUUAUUUUUUCAGAGCAUCCUCUUGGAUCAACCAACAAAACAACAAAUCAAGAUAAUAAUAUUAAUAAUAAUAAUAAUAAUAAUAAUAAUAAUAAUAAUAAUAAUAAUAAUAAUAAUAAUAAUAAUAAUAAUAAUAAUAAUAAUAAUAAUAAUAAUAGUAAUCAAAUGACAGAUGAUAGUCAAAGCGAUAUUCAAUUUGGUAAUGAUACUAUUCAUAUCGACGACGACCAAAUUCAAUCUUUGGAUGAAAAACAAUCAAAACCAAUGGUUGUUGAAACCAUUGUAGAGGAUAAUUUUGAACAGGAUCAUCAUCAUCAUCAUCAUCAUGUCGCACCAGAUUUGGUUUCAGUUGAACAGGUAGAAAAUGUCUUGGAAAAUGUGAGUGUGGAAAUUAAACCAAUCGAAGCACCAUCCUCUUCUCCAAUUAUUCUUGAAAAGAAAGAGGAAAUAUUGGUUAAAGAAACUGAACCAGUACAAUUGGAAAUAGUAAUGGAUAAACAACCACCAUCUUUAUCACCAAUACUCGAACAAGAGAAAGAAAAGGAAAUUGAACCAGUACAAUUGGAAAUAGUAAUGGAUAAACAACCUUCAACUCCACCUCGAGAAGAGGUAAAAGAAAUUGAAAAGGAUAAUGCACUAUUAUUAUCUAUUCAACCAAUGCAAGUUGACAACGAUUUGCAAAUCCCUCAACUACCCUCUUCUUCUUCUUCUUCUUCUUCUUCUUCUUCUUCUUCUUCUUCUUCUGCUUCCUCUCCCUCCAUUGUCCUUCCUCCAACACCUUCAAUUGAAAAACCAUCUCUCAAACGUACAAAUAAUGAAAUCGAUGAUAUACCAAUCACAGUGAAUAAUAAUAAUCCUACUACUGUACAAGAAGAACAACAACAACCAGCAGUAGCAGCAGAUGCACCAAAAAAGAGACAAAGAAUUCAACCAAUUAAAACAACGAGAACGGUUAGAGGUCAAACUGUUAGAGAGGUUAUUGCUACCUUGCCAGAAGAUGAAGAUAAAACCAACACCAAAACUAUUGAACCCGUCCAACAUCCAAUACCAACACCAAUACCUACUAUAAUUAAACCAACGACAACACCAAUACCUAUUUUAAUUAAACCAACUCCAACUCCGAUUCCUACGGUCAUCCAACAUCCAAUACCAACACCAAUACCUACUAUAAUUAAACCAAUGGCAACACCAAUACCUGAUUUAAUUAAACCAACAAUGCCAACUCCAACACCAACUCCAAUACCUACAUUAUUAAAACAAGUUGAAAAGGAAACAAUCACAGUUCAACCAGUUGAAAAGGUAAUCACCACUCCACCUCCUCAACCUUCUCAAUCAAAGGAUGUUGAAAUGGUGGAAAAGGUUAUCACUCCACCACCUUCUCAAUCAAAGGAAGUUGUAAAACCAACCAACGUUGUAAUUGUACCAGAUAUUGUUAUGUCUGUUGAUGAAUCUCCACCACUUAAGAAACCAUCUCCAGUAACCUCUAAAUCUCCAUUGAAAAAACCAGUUGCUAAAGUUUCUCCAUCCCUUCAAUCCAUCAAAAAGACGACGACAACUUUACCAUUGACUUCUCCAAAAACCAAAACAGUAUCAAUGACAUUUAGCGAAUAUGUAAAAUCACAAAUCAAAUUGGUACAAAAAGGUGAUCAAUCAUCACAAGAAACAUUUUCAAAUAUUACCUCUUUCAUUGAUUCAAAGGAACAAAUAGAGGAUCGACUCGGAUUGAUUCGUAUUGUCAUUGUAUCAAUCAUCUCUGCAUUGGAUAAUUUAAAACCAAAAACUACAUCAACUGCAAGUAGAGUUCCUAUUCCAAAAGAAUGUCAUCAAAUCAUUACAUUUUCAUUUGAAUUUUUAAAACAAAAGGAUAUCAAUUUUAAAAAUGAAAUGUUUAGAUAUUUAAAUGGAACUAUUGUAAACAUUUUUUCAAGUUCAAAACAACAACAACAACAACAAGACAAAACAAAAGCAUCAAUUUCCCUAUACUAUAGUGAAAUAUUCUCAAUUUUCUGCCAAACUUUUAAAGACUAUUCUCCCAUUUAUACAUUGAUCUAUGAUAUUGUAAUGUUGGGACUAUCACCAACCACCAUUCGAUUUUUAUAUAUUAUCAUUGAAACUUUUAACUUUUUAAAUAAUAAUAAUAGUAGUAAUAAUAAUAAUAAUAAUAAUAUUACAACAAUGGAUGUUAAUAAUUUAUUCAUGGUUACAAUCAAUUCAUUAAUUUAUCAAAAACUCUUAACAUUAACAUCAAAAGAAAUUACAAAUAUUAAAACAUUAAAACAAAAAGUAGAAAAUAAUUGUAUAAAAGAUAUAAAUGAAUUGGGAAAUAAUUUAUUAUCAUUGAUGGAUAAAUAUGCGUUGGUCAAUGACGCUGAUAAAUUAUUUAUGGUAUUAAAACCUUUGGAAAUGUUGGCAGUCAAUCAACACAAUUGGCUGUGGAUACACGACUAUAUUAUUGGUAAUCGUAUUUGGAAAUAUUUGGCAUUGGACAAGACUACAUCUGCUGUUAAAUGUUUUGCACUUCAAUCACUCGGUCAACUUUAUCUUGGUGUCAAAUCAAUCAAUCCAGACGUUGUAACAUUUAAUGGUUUAUCACAUAUUAAAUUAGCUCUUCAAACUAUUUUAAAUGGAAAUCAAACUUUUGAUUAUGAUAUUCAAAGAACAACAGGAUUAACUUAUUUGUAUACAAGUCAAGAUGAAAAAGAUCUAAAUAUUCUUUGUAAGUGGUAUGAUCAAUUACCACAAGACCAAAAGGAACAAUGUCCAACUGUCCUACAACAAUAUAUAUCCAAAGAUAAUGAAUAG